UGUCUCUGGGCCCAGCCGUCCCUGGAGUGAGUCCUGCGGCAGUUACUGAGCUGUGACGCCAGGCGACGCCAGGAGGGUGUCAGAGAUGUGUCAGCAUUGGUUUGGGAUUGUGGGGGAGGACUCCUCUCAUCGUUCCACUGCUCCAGCAUGGAGUCCCUCUCACGGGAGACAGUCCUUCACGAACUUCUCCAAUACACAGGCAGCCGCUCAAGCCAGAAGAGAAGAGAUCAAGACCACUGACACCUCUUGGAAAGAACCACUGAUGCAGACAAUUAGAGUUCUGAAACGGGACCUGGAGAGAGCAUGGAGCAUGCAGGAGGAGACCGCACGGCAACUGGCAGAAAUAAAAAGCUCCAAAUAGCAUUAUUUGCCUGACCUGGAGGGAAGAGUCCUUGCGUGCACGCAUGUAGCAUUUAAGGCUUUACCCCGGGUGACUCCACCUGGGACCCUCUCUCAUUUCCCGAGUCCCAGCUCCCAGCCCAUCCCCAUCCUCUGUCUCCACCGGGUACUGGCAAGGGGGCCCCGAAUCCAGACUUCAGCCUCCGACAGAGCACUCGGCGCUCACCCCCUCAGCCCACGGGGAAGCCAAGAAAAGCAUCAGGCCCCUUGAGGCUGCCGUUCCUUGGGCCUCUUCUUAAUCCCCGCUUCAGAAGAAGAGUCUAACCCAAAGGCAAGGCACUGAACAGAUCCCUUUUGACUGCAGACGUGCUCUUAGGGGGUAGCUCUGACACGCCAGUGCCCAUUGCCUCUCCCUGCCUGCAGCGGCAGCAACGCAGACGGAGACCCAGCAGGAGCAUCGACAACGUUCAAGGCCGUUUGCCCCAAAGCACCACAGGACAGAGUGGAAACGAAGGAAGAGCAACACGACGGAAGGGCAGCCUCUGGCAGCCUUCAGCAGAGGUGGCUCCAGGGAAGCAGCAGCCUCGACACCAAAGCUGCAGCGAGGAAGUGCCGGCCGCGAUGGGGAGGAGAUGGCUCUGGGCUGUCCCCACCUACUGCGGCGGGACUCUUCUCCCCUCCAGGUAGUGCGGGUACCGCCGAUACAGGAGGCGAGAGGUGAUGGGUGCCCCAGCUCAGGGCUCAGCUCCUCUGUUCGCGUCUGGAACCCGGCAGCGCCCGCCAAGUCCUGCCUGCCGCCGCUCCCCGGGGAGAGGCACAGUCCCGGUGCAUGGCCAGUGGACCCCUGGGAGCAGGAAAGCAACGGAGAAUCUGCUCCGGGCCAAGCAAAAGAGGUGUCAGCAUCCAGCACUCCCCACGGGGCAGGAGCUGCUGGAGCUACGCUGCUUUCACCCACUUGGUGGAGCGCAGACGAGCUUGCCGCAUACUUGGAGUCCGUCUUCCCUAAGUUGCAAGCAGAUGAAGAAGCCACCGAGGAGAUCAAGAGCUUUGGUGGAGAGGCACAGUCCCGGUGCAUGGCCAGUGGACCCCUGGGAGCAGGAAAGCAACGGAGAAUCUGCUCCGGGCCAAGCAAAAGAGGUGUCAGCAUCCAGCACUCCCCACGGGGCAGGAGCUGCUGGAGCUACGCUGCUUUCACCCACUUGGUGGAGCGCAGGCACAGUCCCGGUGCAUGGCCAGUGGACCCCUGGGAGCAGGAAAGCAACGGAGAAUCUGCUCCGGGCCAAGCAAAAGAGGUGUCAGCAUCCAGCACUCCCCACGGGGCAGGAGCUGCUGGAGCUACGCUGCUUUCACCCACUUGGUGGAGCGCAGGCACAGUCCCGGUGCAUGGCCAGUGGACCCCUGGGAGCAGGAAAGCAACGGAGAAUCUGCUCCGGGCCAAGCAAAAGAGGUGUCAGCAUCCAGCACUCCCCACGGGGCAGGAGCUGCUGGAGCUACGCUGCUUUCACCCACUUGGUGGAGCGCAGACGAGCUUGCCGCAUACUUGGAGUCCGUCUUCCCUAAGUUGCAAGCAGAUGAAGAAGCCACCGAGGAGAUCAAGAGCUUUGGUGGAGAGGCACAGUCCCGGUGCAUGGCCAGUGGACCCCUGGGAGCAGGAAAGCAACGGAGAAUCUGCUCCGGGCCAAGCAAAAGAGGUGUCAGCAUCCAGCACUCCCCACGGGGCAGGAGCUGCUGGAGCUACGCUGCUUUCACCCACUUGGUGGAGCGCAGGCACAGUCCCGGUGCAUGGCCAGUGGACCCCUGGGAGCAGGAAAGCAACGGAGAAUCUGCUCCGGGCCAAGCAAAAGAGGUGUCAGCAUCCAGCACUCCCCACGGGGCAGGAGCUGCUGGAGCUACGCUGCUUUCACCCACUUGGUGGAGCGCAGACGAGCUUGCCGCAUACUUGGAGUCCGUCUUCCCUAAGUUGCAAGCAGAUGAAGAAGCCACCGAGGAGAUCAAGAGCUUUGGUGGAGAGGCACAGUCCCGGUGCAUGGCCAGUGGACCCCUGGGAGCAGGAAAGCAACGGAGAAUCUGCUCCGGGCCAAGCAAAAGAGGUGUCAGCAUCCAGCACUCCCCACGGGGCAGGAGCUGCUGGAGCUACGCUGCUUUCACCCACUUGGUGGAGCGCAGACGAGCUUGCCGCAUACUUGGAGUCCGUCUUCCCUAAGUUGCAAGCAGAUGAAGAAGCCACCGAGGAGAUCAAGAGCUUUGGUGGAGAGGCACAGUCCCGGUGCAUGGCCAGUGGACCCCUGGGAGCAGGAAAGCAACGGAGAAUCUGCUCCGGGCCAAGCAAAAGAGGUGUCAGCAUCCAGCACUCCCCACGGGGCAGGAGCUGCUGGAGCUACGCUGCUUUCACCCACUUGGUGGAGCGCAGGCACAGUCCCGGUGCAUGGCCAGUGGACCCCUGGGAGCAGGAAAGCAACGGAGAAUCUGCUCCGGGCCAAGCAAAAGAGGUGUCAGCAUCCAGCACUCCCCACGGGGCAGGAGCUGCUGGAGCUACGCUGCUUUCACCCACUUGGUGGAGCGCAGGCACAGUCCCGGUGCAUGGCCAGUGGACCCCUGGGAGCAGGAAAGCAACGGAGAAUCUGCUCCGGGCCAAGCAAAAGAGGUGUCAGCAUCCAGCACUCCCCACGGGGCAGGAGCUGCUGGAGCUACGCUGCUUUCACCCACUUGGUGGAGCGCAGCUGUGUGAGCUCUCCGCGCAGCUGGAGUUGGAGUCCGAAAUAUCUCUGCAGCUCAAAGCUAGAAAUCAGGAGCUGCGAGAGCUGGCGGCUCUUCUGCCACAUCGCUUGGCGACUCCUGAGGAGGGUCAUGCCACAACAGCGCUGUAUGGAGAAGAGUGGGAGCAGCGAGCGCCAGAAGCAGACGGAGAGAUGCAUGGUCUCACUCCACGUCUGCAGACACAGGCAGCCGCUCAAGCCAGAAGAGAAGAGAUCAAGACCACUGACACCUCUUGGAAAGAACCACUGAUGCAGACAAUUAGAGUUCUGAAAUGGGACCUGGAGAGAGCAUGGAGCAUGCAGGAGGAGACCGCACGGCAACUGGCAGAAAUAAAAAGCUCCAAAUAGCAUUAUUUGCCUGACCUGGAGGGAAGAGUCCUUGCGUGCACGCAUGUAGCAUUUAAGGCUUUACCCCGGGUGACUCCACCUGGGACCCUCUCUCAUUUCCCGAGUCCCAGCUCCCAGCCCAUCCCCAUCCUCUGUCUCCACCGGGUACUGGCAAGGGGGCCCCGAAUCCAGACUUCAGCCUCCGACAGAGCACUCGGCGCUCACCCCCUCAGCCCACGGGGAAGCCAAGAAAAGCAUCAGGCCCCUUGAGGCUGCCGUUCCUUGGGCCUCUUCUUAAUCCCCGCUUCAGAAGAAGAGUCUAACCCAAAGGCAAGGCACUGAACAGAUCCCUUUUGACUGCAGACGUGCUCUUAGGGGGUAGCUCUGACACGCCAGUGCCCAUCGCCUCUCCCUGCCUGCAGCGGCAGCAACGCAGACGGAGACCCAGCAGGAGCAUCGACAACGUUCAAGGCCGUUUGCCCCAAAGCACCACAGGACAGAGUGGAAACGAAGGAAGAGCAACACGACGGAAGGGCAGCCUCUGGCAGCCUUCAGCAGAGGUGGCUCCAGGGAAGCAGCAGCCUCGACACCAAAGCCGCAGCGAGGAAGUGCCGGCCGCGAUGGGGAGGAGAUGGCUCUGGGCUGUCCCCACCUACUGCGGCGGGACUCUUCUCCCCUCCAGGUAGUGCGGGUACCGCCGAUACAGGAGGCGAGAGGUGAUGGGUGCCCCAGCUCAGGGCUCAGCUCCUCUGUUCGCGUCUGGAACCCGGCAGCGCCCGCCAAGUCCUGCCUGCCGCCGCUCCCCGGGGAGAGGUGAGGUGAGGCGGUGCAGUGCCCAUUCCUGCUGGGCCAUGAAGAGGAUCUGGCGGUUCCUGUGGGGCAGGAGGGCGCAGGGGGGGCCCGUGUCCUCAGGGAGCAGCGGUGGCAAUGAGCUGCGGCCGGAGGGCCGGGACGAGCUGUGCCGGGAGGCCACCACCAGCGACUUGUCCCCAGUGCAGCCGCUGGUGAAGCAGUGCGACAGCAAGUGCCAGGACAGGGACGACAGGCACAGUCCCGGUGCAUGGCCAGUGGACCCCUGGGAGCAGGAAAGCAACGGAGAAUCUGCUCCGGGCCAAGCAAAAGAGGUGUCAGCAUCCAGCACUCCCCACGGGGCAGGAGCUGCUGGAGCUACGCUGCUU